AUGGCCUCUACUCUCCGCCACGUCCGCCACCUCUGCACUACCACCGCCACAACCAAGAAAAUCUCCGUCUCCCAAGCCAAAUCAAAAAUCAGCACAGAACACGACCCAGACAAAGCACUAGCCAUCUACUCCUCCGCUUCCGGUAAUGUCUCCUCCCCAGCCUCUCGCUAUGCUCAAGGCCUCAUCGUCCGCCGUCUCGCCAAGUCUCACCGUUUCGCCGACAUCGAAUCCUUCAUCGAAUCCCACAAAUCCGACCCCAAAAUUAAACAAGAACUCUUCCUAUCCUCAUUAAUCAGAUCUUACGGUGUUGCUGGCAUGUUUGAUCAGGCACUCAAAACUUAUCGACAAAUGGACCAAUUGGGUACCCCUCGAUCUUCUAUUUCUUUCAAUGCUUUACUAUCUGCUUGCAUUGAAUCCAAACUUUAUAAUAAAGUUCCGGUGCUGUUUAAUGAAAUUAGUGAGGAAUAUAGGGUUUUGCCGGAUAAGGUUUCGUAUGGGAUAUUAAUUAAGUCUUAUUGUGAAGAUGGGAAACCGGAGAAGGCUAUUGAAGUAUUGGGGGAAAUGGAAAAGAAUAAAGUGGAAGUUACGACAAUUGUUUGUACAACAGUUUUGAAUUGUUUGUAUUCAAAGGGAAGGAAUAAGGAGGCUGAGAAGAUUUGGGAUGAAAUGGUGAAAAGAGGGUGCGAGUUGGAUGCUGUGGCUUAUAAUGUGAAGAUUGGCAAUGCUGUGAAUCAGGGGCCAGAGAGAGUGAAGGAGUUGAUUGAGGAGAUGGGGAAUUUUGGGUUGAAACCAGAUACUAUUAGUUAUAACUAUUUGAUGACCAGUUAUUUCAUGAGUGGGAUGAUGGAGGAGGCGGAGAAAGUUUACGAGGGCUUGGUGGGAUAUGGGUGUAAAGCUAAUGCCGCAACUUUUAGAACUUUGAUUUUUCAUUUGUGUAAGAGUCAGGAAUAUGAGAAAGGAUAUAAGAUAUUUAAGGAGAGUGCGAGGGUGCAAAGGAUUCCGGAUUUCAAUACAUUGAAAUAUUUGGUGGAGGGGUUGGUGGAGAAGAAGAAGAUCAAGGAAGCAAAAGGGUUGAUUCGCACGGUGAAGAAAAAGGUCCCUCCUAAUUUAUUCAAUGCAUGGAAGAAGGUCGAGGAAAAUCUCUGUUUGCGUUCUAAUGAAGAGGAGAAGGAAGUUAAAGAGGCCACAGCUUAA